AUGGCUGGAGCCAAAACUAUGCUAGACGCCCUGGAACGCCAGAAGUGGGAAGACACAGGCACAUCUCCAGGAAAUACUAGCUACCCUGCCCCUCAGGCUGGCAAUCCUGAAACACAGGCUGAAUAUCCAGCUUCCCAGGCUGGCAAUUCUGAAACCCAGGCUGAGUAUCCUGCCUCCCAGGCUGGCUAUCCUGAAAAACAAGCUAAAUAUUUUGCCUCCCAGGCUGAAUAUCCUGAAAACCAGGCUGAAUAUCCUGGCCCCAAGGCUGGCUACACUGGCACGCAGACUGACUACCUAGUCCUACCAGCUGGCUAUUCAGGGUCUUGCCCAGUUGGCUCUCCCAUCCAAUACCAGUCAGUGCCUCUUCGGCCAGGUGUGCCUGCAGGACUGCCCUGGAUUCCAGCACUACCACCUUCACCAGACUGUCCACCAGGAUUGGAAUAUUUAAACCAGAUAGAUCGAAUUCAGAUUCAUCAGCAAAUUGAACUUACAGAUGUCUUAACAAGUCAUGAAACCAAUAACAAAUAUGAAAUUAAGGACAACUUUGGACAGUGUAUAUACUUUGCAGCAGAGGAUACUACUUUCUGUACCAGAUGUUGCUAUGGAUCUUUCAGGCCUUUUAUCAUAAAGAUCCUUGAUCUUAAGGGCCAAGAAAUCAUAACUCUGAAGAGACCACUAAGGUGUACCAGCUGUUGUUUCCCCUGCUGCCUGCAGGAGAUAGAAGUCCACACCCCUCAUGGUGUACCAAUAGGUUAUGUUACUCAGACUUGGCACCCAUAUCUGCCAAAGUUUACAAUUCAAAAUGAGAAUAAAAUGGAUAUUCUAAGAAUUAUAGGUCCAUGUCUUGUGUGCAACUGUUGUGGAAAUGUUGAUUUUAAGAUCAAAUCUCUUGAUGGAAAAAAUGUUGUUGGCAAGAUUUCCAAGCAGUUUACUAAGAUUAUGAGAGAAAUGUUUACACAUUAUAGUAACUAUGGCAUCCAGUUCCCUUCAGAUGUUGAUGUGAAAAUAAAAGCUGUGAUCAUUGGCACGUGUUUCCUCAUUGAUUUCAUGUUUUAUGAAAACAAUGGAUGCUUUCAGCUUUUGACAUUAGGAAUAUGGUAG